CUCUGCACCUUGCCGCGAGCAUUUCUCUUCGCGCGAAACUGCGAAGAGCAAUAAGUUGGACUGUUCCAUUUACAGCUGUUUGAGGGGAGCAAGACGGCACGGCUAAAUUUAUGUAAUUGCGAGAUUGCUUCGCUUAUAUUUUAACAUAAAGUUAAAUGAAGCGUUUUCAGUAAUACACAUAGUGGUUGCAUAAAUUCACAUAAAAGGUGGAUUAUUUUAUUGUUUUCUAAGUAAGCAUACUGGGUCGUAACCUACUCCCUCUGCUGCGGAGCGUUAGGCGUGUGUUGUUUUUUUAAAGCAUUCAUCUCAUUGUGCAGGCGUGUGAAAAAGUUUAAAGGAAGGCUAGUAAAAACAUAGAAAUGGAGGUGUUGUGUUUCCGGUCCAAGUACAUCACGGAGGAGCUGGUUCGGAUCUUCUCCGAGGAAACGGACAGCGAGGAGGAGGAGUUUGAGGGCUUCGGCUGGGAUGGAAGUCCGCGGCUCAACUGCUGGAUAAAGGACGUGUCGGAAUCGACAGAGGACACGGGCUUUUAUUCUGAAGGAGAGUCAAAGAGCCCCGUGAGACACAGGCCCCCCGGCCUCUGCGUGGCCUUCCGAUUCCCCUCCAAGAAGCGUCCGGCCCGGCAGGAACACGGGUCCGACUCGGACCCCCAGGACUCUGAUGGGGCCUGGGCAGAGAUGGAGAGCGCGAGGGCCGCCCUGAAGCCCAAGCUGGGGGGGCGGGGGAAGGCCCUUGGGCCAUACGCCAGGGCAGAUCUUGGUGAUGACGACAUGGAUAGUGAGUUCCAGAGCAAGCGAGCCAGGAACAUCGAGGAAAAUAAAGCAAUGCUUGCAAAGUUAUUUGCGGACUUGAAUUCGGCUCCUGAGCUUUCCCCGCUGAAAACGCCCACGAAAAAGAAUAAGACUUUGAGAAAGAAACUCUCCUCCAAUGGGAUGAGUGAGCGGCGUAACCCCUCCCGAAGCGCACGCCCCCCCGAGCACUUUGGAGUCGAGGAAGUCUUGGUCUCCACCACCGAGCUGUUGGCCUUCGACAGGCUGGACACCAAGAAGCUCUGUGAGGUGGAUGCGGGAGGAAGAGGGCACUGGUCACACGGCGUGCAGAGGGGGUGCAGGAAGAGGCAUCUUGUAUGCGACGUGGACGACAUCACCGAGGAAGAGCUGGAUAACGUGGCCCUGGCACCGAAGGACAAGAUUCUCGACAAAGAUCAUGGGACGACUUGUCACCAGUGCAGACAGAAGACGCUCGACACAAAGACCGUCUGCAGGAGCGCAUCCUGUCAGGGUAUGAGGGGCCAGUUCUGUGGGCCCUGUCUCCGCAAUCGCUAUGGGGAGGACGUCCGCGCCGCCCUGCUCGACCUUGCAUGGAAGUGUCCCCUCUGCCGCGGUAUCUGUAACUGCAGCUUGUGCCGCAAACGGGAAGGCCGGUGUGCCACCGGGUCACUGGUGCGAAUGGCCAAGUUCUACGGCCACAGCAACGUCCGGGAAUACCUGGAAAGUCUACAGAAGCAGCUGUCGUAGGACGGGCGUUUGGCGGACAGAUGUCAGAUGGAAGUCUGGGGGUGUCUGUAGUCAGUGCCGAUUCCCUUCAAAUGUUGUGUUUUGAUUGUGGAUUGUGCCAGGAUGGAAAUGGGUAAUGCGUGUUGAUUGUCAUGCAGAAAGAUGCUUGUUGUAUCAGUCAUUAGUCUUACAUUUUUAUAUUGUACGAUGUGGGGAGAAAAAGUGUCCCCCCCCCCCUUUAUGCACAGAGCCUCAUUUGGCAGGAUAAGAGGGGUAACUGUUAGUAAUUAAAUGUUGUUUGUGUUGAUCAGCCUCGUGCUUGUGUGUCACUGUGUGUCUCUGUUCGCUUGCAUUAAUGAUGUAGAAACUGAUAAUUUUCUUGGCUAUUCUGGAGGAAAGGUGAGUGGUGCUGCCAGUCUAGCAAGCUUUGAUGAGGCCAGAACUUCCAUUAUGUUUGCUUAAGAUGAAAAAAGUAGACCAUCGGGGCAACGUGAAUUGCGUGACCUGAGGCGGCCCUUCCUUGUGGGACUGCAAGAUGGUGGAUGAGAAGUUCCUCUGUUGAACACUAGAGGGCAGCAGUAUUCUCUCAUUAUGUUGCGGUUGCCACAGUUAUUCUGUACUUUGUUUGGGGUGGAAAUAAAUGACACGUACUGUUUA